UCCCCCUCGCAUUCUCACUCAUCCCUCUCUUCGAAGGACUCUCUAUACUCAGCCAUAAUGGCCUUCUCAAGAGCAACCUUCGCUUUCUUGCAUGGUCCAUUCGCUUCUAAAGGAACUUCUCAAACGGACAAGAACAAGCACCUGCAGAAUGCAAAUUCGCUCUCCUCAACGAACAACAAAUGGAGUAUUUCCUCACAUCAGACCUUGGUUUCUACUCCUUCUAAGGACCAUACUCGCCCAGCUGGAAAGAGAAACCUUGCCACCGAGGAAGAUAUUCGAGGGCGGCACGAGAGGAGAUUAGAAGAAGUGAAGCAACUGCUGAAGCAAGUAAGAGGAGACUCGCUCGAAAGUUUGGUAAUGGUGGAUGCUCUCCAACGUCUCGCCAUUGACUACCAUUUUGAGGAUGAGAUCGAGGCGAUCUUGCAGGGGCAUCUUUUGAUCUCCUCGUCUCGAUCUCAUUCUCGUCCCAUUGAUGCCGAUAAUCUGCAUGAAGCAGCACUUCGUUUCCGGCUCUUGAGGCAAGGAGGCUAUCCUGUUCCUUCAGAUGUGUUUCAACGGUUUCUACACAAAAUGAAUGAUGGGACUCAGAAUAAAAAGCCACAGGGCAACGACAUUUUGGGGUUGACAAGUUUAUUUGAAGCUUCCCAACUUUGCAUUGAAGGAGAAGAUGCUCUCGAUCAAGUAGGAGAGUCAACCCGUCAACGCCUCCAUUCAUCUUUGGCCGAUCUUGACCAUGUUCGAGAUAGAUUCGUGAGAAAUUCACUUGGCAAUCCGUUCCACAAGAGUUUGGCCAGGUUCACGGCUAAUGAUUUUUUGAGGAAUUUUGUGGGACAUUCGUAUAGCUGGACCAAGAAUUUAGGGGAACUUGCCCAUUUGGACAUGAACAUUGUAAGAUCCGUGCAUCAACGGGAAAUCCUCCAAGUCUCGAAUUGGUGGAAAGAACUGGGCAUGGCAAAGGAACUGAAAUACGCAAGGGACCAACCAAUGAAGUGGUACAUGUGGCCAAUGGCCAUCCUCACCGAAACAGGCUUGUCCCAGGAGAGAGUGCUCGUCACCAAACCCAUCUCAUUCAUCUACAUCAUCGAUGACAUUUUUGACGUCUAUGGCACGAUCGAAGAUCUCACCGCGUUCACGGAUGUUGUCAGCAGAUGGGAAUGCACUGAGAAAGACAACAUACCAGACUACAUGAGGAUGUGCUUUCAUGCUUUGGAUGAUAUUACCAAUGAAUUCAGCUUGGCGGUGUCCAAAAAUCAUGGGUGGAACCCAUUGUGCUCCUUUAGGAAGACGUGGGCAAGCCUGCUAAAUGCCUUCUUGGUGGAGGCAAGAUGGCUUGCCAGUGGUCACUCCCCGACAACACAAGACUACUUGGACAACGCAAUUGUCAGCUCCGGAGUGCACGUCUUGUUGGUCCACUUAUUCUUCAUCUUGGGUGAGAGAAUCACCCCCGAAAGUGUUGAUCAUUUAGAAAAUAUACCUGAAAUUGUAUCUUCCACAGCUUCAAUUCUUCGUCUUUGGGACGACUUGGGAAGUGCCGAGGACGAGUUCCAAGAUGGCCGAGAUGGGUCAUAUGUGGAAUGCUACAAGCGAGAAUUCGAAGGCUCUUCAGAAGAAGCGGCACGAGACCAUGUGAAGAAGAUGAUCUCGGAGGCAUGGAAGAGGCUCAACAAGGCAUGUCUCUAUCCUCAACCAUUCACCAAUUCCUUCAGCAAGGCCUCCCUGAACACAGCCAGGAUGGUCCCGCUGAUGUACAAUUACGACGACAGCCAUUCACUCCCUCUCCUUGAACACCACAUGAAGUCAUUGCUCUUUAAAGGCCCUACCUUCUAAGGGCUUUGCAUCUUUAUCAUCGACCAUAUGGCUAUGUUUAGGCAUAUGAAUUUCUAGCCAAAA